AUAUUAUUUCUCAAAUUUUAUUCCGUUCCCUUCCUCCAUAUUUUCCGUAAACUUCUACAAAUUCACCUGGUUACAUGGAUUGACUGAGACGCACCCAGAUGUGGCGGCAAAACGUUUUUCUGCAAAAUCCCGACUCCGACCAUAGCAUUUCCGAUGAGGAAGACUACGAUUCUAAUUUGCCCCAAAUUCCUGCCUCAUUAACCGGUGGUUUGGAGAAAAAGGAGGAACUGCAAGUUUUGUCGCGGCUCGAGAAACUUAGAGGUACUUCUGAUUGGAAUUGUGGAAAGAAAAAUAGCAAGAAUGACACACAUGUCUCUCUUGAAGAUGAUGGUGUUGAAAUGCCUGAAUUUCGUAACGAGGCAAGGAAGGCAUUCACGUGCAACCCGGACGAGGAAAUCAUCUCCGAUGAUGAGGUAAACAACGUGGUGUCGAAAUUUUCUGAUUCCUGCGAUGCUAAAAAGCUCCAUGAAGACAGUCUUUGUAGAUUUGGAAGUGGGGUGCAAGAUGGUGCACAGACAUGGUCUGCUGUAAGUAAAGAAGCUGAGGCACUGUUACAUUUGAAUGAGAAUGCAUCAACCCAUUCUGCCUACUCCAAAGCAAGCAAAUCUUAUAAAGGAGUCAGAUGCAGGGUUAAGCAAAAAUUUUCAUUCCGUUUCCAGUCACGUAAGGAAGAACCCUCCUGGCCUUCUUUAUCUAAGGAUGAAAAUGAUGUGUCAUUUGAGGUUCAUGAAGCACCUGAAAGAUUGGACACAUUUGAACCUAGAUCCGAAGAACAUUCAAUUGCUGAGGUUCUUGACGAUUGUCAGAGAGAGAAUCAAUUCCAGUCAGAGAAUUUACAUGCUCAAGUAGGAGCUCUUGGGCAUGGAUGCACUGAGCCAUCAAUGGCUGAGCUUCUAGAUGGCCUUCAGGACAGAGCUAGUUUGCAGAAAGGAGUUUCUAAAAAGUGUAGCAGAACAAAAGCUAAAAGGGUACAGAUUGUUGCAAAGAAAAUUAUCUCUCCACUGGGAGAUAGAACUGUUGACAGAGAGGAUUCCUCUGAAUCCAUGGGUAGUGGAUCAUCUAGUGAGGACAAGCAGGCCACAGAUCAAAAGCUAAAGGUUACAAUCCCAGAAAUGAAGAGGCAAACUAUGGCAGAUCGGUUUCAAGAAACUUUAGGUGCUACCUUUUUAAAUGAUGAAGGGGCCCUUGUUGCAGUGCCUAAAUCAUCAGGAAUUGGAUUAUUUGGGAAGUUGCAACAGCUCAUGCAGAAUGAAAAAGAAAGAGAUGUGUAUUUCUUGAAGAAGUUGCAGACUGGAUCUAACAAAAUUAGUAAAACUUGUGACUAUGAAGUACGCAGCAUCAUUGUAAAAAUCCUGGCAAGAUACUUGGAUGCAAAGCUGAUAGUUUGUCAAUGCUCUUUUGGCGAGAACAUAGAGAGCCCCACACCAUCAGGAAGCCCUCAAAUAAUGAUAAAUGGAGGAAGGAAAACAACAAUUAUUUUUAAUCCGAGAGUUUGCAGUGAUGUUGACCUUGAAGUUGGGAACUUGAUCUGUAUUCACCCACCAUGGAAGGAGGUAAAAGCAGGCAAUGAUGAGAGCAUUGUUCUCUCUACGUAUUUCUCCCAAAUUGUAAGUUGACCAGCUCAGGUAUGUCAAAAUUAGAGGUAUGUGCGCAUUAUAAGGAUCAUGUGAUCAGAUCAGUUUCAUCCAGAAUCAUGUGAUUCUGUGUACAGCCCUCAAUUUUUUUUUCACUCACCAAUGGCAAGAGACAUGGUUGGACAAAGUAUAUUACAAAUCUGUAAUCCAGUUUUUUGCAUUUUUUUUUUCUUUUACUCUCUCUUGCCUUAAUUUAUGCCUUGACCCAAUUCAAGUUGUACCCACUAAUGACAAUUUCGUGAGUGAGAAAGGAAGAUGAAAUUCUUCUGUGAAAUGAAAUGGAGGAAGAAACUUAAAAAUGUACUUCAGAUGGUUUCUUGUGCCUGAUUGAUUGACAAGAUAACCAAGGGAGUGUGAGAGACCAAGGCAAAACCAAUUUUUAUCUUUCAAGCAUGGUAACGUAAGUUUUCAUUGUUUGCCUACUGUCUUUGACUAACAAAUACAUGGAUCGAUUUGAAUUGAAAUAUUUGAAGAAGCUGCUUUGAUGAAAAAAAGUAUGUUGAUGGUGGAGUAUAGGACAUCAUAUAGGGAUCAAUUUUUGUCAUUUGUUAAAUUUAUAGUUUGUUAAAUAUAAUUAUUCAGAUGUUUUUAUGUGGGUUUUGUUUCUUAUUUCUAAUUGGUUUAGGACUUUUUUACCACCAAGUUCAAGUACUUGUAGAAUACUUUAUAGGUUAGCGUUAUUGUAAGAAUGUUAUCUCUUCAUCAUCAUAGAGUCUCUUGAAAAGUGUAUUUGAAAAUGUAGGUAGGUAAAAUAAAUAAAAAAGUGGAUUUUACUCCCCAAAUUGGGUGAAAAUAUGCCUUAUUUGUUGGAGAUGCUCAAUGUAUGUUAUCACUCACUCUUGGUCCAACAAUGGCUCAAUAAAUACCUCAUCACUGAAUGAAAUGGGCCGGUCUUAUUGUUUAAAUGAAACUAGUUGUAAACUGCUCACUGGAUUUUAACUUUAGUUUAUAGUUUUUUUUAGUUAAAAAAUUAAUAUUAGUUUUAAGUGCUUUUGCAUAUUUAUUUGAAUAUAAAUUGAGAGUGAUGGUAUAACUAUAAAUUCAUGAUUGAUUUAUAAAUUAUAUUAAUAUUAGUUUAUAAUUAAGAUUUGGUUUCUAAGUAAAGAAUCUAUAAUAUGGUUUUUGAAAACAUAGUUCUAGAAUGAGUAGAUGUCUAAGGAGAGAAGGGAGCUCAAAGUAAAAUAAUGGAAGAGAUGAUAUCUAUUUGGUGCAAAGAAAAGGUAUGCAAUUGAAGCAAGAAUAUUUUAUAGAUUCAAUUUUAUUAAAUUGUACCAUAUGGUGUAAGCAUAUGAGAUUAAAAUUUUAUUACAUUUAAUGAAUUGUUUUGUGAUUGAUUC